AAACCCCAGAGUAGGGACUUCCGCUCCUCCAGGCGGGAGGUCUGAGCUGUUCCGCGCGCGUUUCGGCGCCCACGAGGCACACUUGAGGGCCUCUUCCACACUUUUUCUGCCUUCCUCGGUUUCUAAGGCAACGCUCGGAGGGAGGAAGCGGCAGCAGGAGCAAGAGCAGGAGCAGGAGCAUCCGAGCGCGGGCUCGUGCGGCCCAGGGAGGGAGGGAGAAGGAGGAGGAACCCUAUAAACUUUCACCAUGGGAGCUGUGGUGGUUGAUGAUGGUCCAUCAGGAGUUAAAGCCCCGGAUGGGGGCUGGGGAUGGGCUGUCCUCUUCGGGUGCUUUGUAAUCACUGGAUUCUCCUAUGCCUUUCCAAAGGCAAUGAGUGUCUUUUUUAAGGAGCUUAUCAGGGAAUUCAAUGUUGGCUAUAGCGACACAGCAUGGAUCUCCUCCAUUCUAUUGGCCAUGCUUUAUGGAACAGGUCCCCUGUGCAGUAUGUGUGUCAAUCGGUUUGGUUGUCGUCCCGUUAUGCUAGUUGGAGGCCUCUUUGCUUCUUCUGGAAUGAUCUUGGCUUCCUUCGCUCAUAAUAUAAUUCAAGUCUAUCUUACUGCUGGUGUUAUUACUGGACUGGGCCUGGCACUCAACUUCCAGCCAUCGCUCAUCAUGCUCAAUCGCUACUUCAGUGUGCGACGGCCAUUGGCUAAUGGUUUGGCUGCAGCUGGAAGCCCUGUCUUCCUUUGUGCUCUCUCACCAUUAGGACAGAUACUGCAACCUAUCUAUGGAUGGCGAGGGGGAUUUCUCAUCUUGGGAGGACUACUCUUGAACUGUUGUGUUUGUGGCGCUUUGAUGAGACCUUUGGAUGCUCCUAAAAAACCCGACGCUUCCAAAGGACCCACUGAAAAACAAGUCAAGAAAAAGCUAUUGGAUUUCAGUGUUUUCAGGGAUCGUGGCUUCCUUAUCUACACAGUGGCUGCAUCCAUCAUGGUGCUGGGCUUAUUUGUGCCCCCUGUGUUUGUGGUGAGCUAUGCUAAGGAUCUGAAGUAUGAGGACACCAAAUCGGCUUUCCUUUUGACCAUUCUUGGAUUAAUUGAUAUAUUUGCUCGGCCUCUUUGUGGAAUAGUGGCCGGCCUGGAGUGGGUUAGGCCCCGCUGUGUCUACCUCUUUAGUUUUGCCAUGUUCUUUAACGGCUUUACUGAUCUGAUGGGAUCCAUGUCCUACAACUAUGCUGGUCUGGUUGUCUUCUGCAUUUUCUUCGGCAUUUCCUAUGGAAUGGUCGGUGCCCUUCAGUUUGAAGUUCUCAUGGCUAUUGUUGGUACACAGAAGUUUUCCAGUGCCAUUGGCUUGGUUCUCUUGGUUGAAGCAAUGGCUGUUCUAGUUGGACCGCCUUCAGCAGGCAAACUCUUGGAUGCGACCCACCAAUAUAUGUUCGUUUUUAUUAUCGCUGGCACUGAAGUUGUAACUUCAGCCGUGGUGCUGGCUGUAGGAAAUGCCUGCUGUAUCAAAAGGCCAGCUGAAACACAUGUAAAAGAAGAUGCAGCAGAAAGAGAGAAGUUAAACAAACAACCUGGAGACACGAAGGUGGACUCUAUUGAAGUGGAACAAUUUCUGAAAGAUGAAAAAAAUGGGGAAGUUGUAACUAACCCAGAAACAUGUGUGUGAGUGUGACAAGAAUGAAUGUCAAAUUGUUUAGAAAGAGAUUGAGAUAAUUUCAACACUGUUAUUUAUUUUAUAAGUAGGACUAGUCUAGGGCUGGGCCAUCUUGUUUGGGCUCUGGAGGCCAACCAGCUCAUGAAAUCACUUGUUGGAAGCUGGCUUACUAGGAAACAUUUUCUCCCUGAUGUAAAAUGGAUUGAACUUCAAAUUAAACUGCUUGGGUGUAACUACUUCUGCAAGCUAAACAAAUGGCCUUCUAAACACAUGUAGAAGUCCCACUAUGCAUCACCAGAAAAUGUUCACAUGGGUGAAAACAUUUUAAUUUAGGAGGAAUUAUAUAUAAAUUUUCCCUUUAACACAGAUGAAAUAAUUGUCUGGUUGUGUGUGUGUGGUACACUUCAAUGUAUCUUCAAUGUUUGUGUCUGCUUUAAAUAGGAUUGACUUAGUAAGGAGAAAUCUCAGGGACUCGGUCAUCUUCAGAAAGAUUUCAGAACCUCUCCUUUUCCAAAUGCGUGUAGAUCAUUUGACUCAGCUCUAAUCCAAUUUUGAUAACAUGUACAAUUUUUCAACAGCUUUUGGUUUGUCAGUGUAUUUUUAUGCUGUUUUGUUUUUGUUUUCAUUGUCCUUUUUACUGGAAAUAAUACACCAAUACCAAGAAAGGCAUUGUGAUGCUUCCUGCGACACUUUACAAUGGCUGCUUCCAAAUUAUGUAAAAACAAACUGAAACUUCUUUGUCAUUCUAAGAAGCCAGCAAGCAAGAUUGCAAAUUCCUUUCCACUAUUUACUGACCCUCUGCUUUAAAUAUAGCCCCUUCAAAAUGUGUCUUACUUUUAUGGUUUCCACAGCUUUCUUUCCACAGAGAAAGUGUGCCUCUGACAUAUGAGUUCUAGAUUAAACCAGAGGCAAAGUAGCACAUAAAGACCUGUGUAGUCAGUGUUAGAAAUCUUUUUAUGAAAAAGGUGCUAAUACAUUUUGACAAAAUAGUGUGCUGCCCCAAUUAUUUAACCACGAUGAAGCAUUAAUGGAACCGUCAGCUCUUUCAUGCAGUGAUAGACUUAAUGAAAGAUGCACAGGAUGAAGAAGGCAGUUUUGCUUCCUGCUAUCCUUCCUCUUCUUCAGAAUGAGACUGGAUAAAGUGAUUUUAAGGCCAUCAAAUGGCAAAAGACAACAUUUGGGAGUACGUUGGAUUGGGAUGUGUGAUGUUUGUAAAAAUCAUUUCCACUCAAUUUCCCACAUUUGGAAUGAAGCAGUCAUUAGAGUCUCAUUUAAACUCCUGCAUGUUGUUAUUUUGUCACUAUGGUAAAUGCAGGCUUGAUCAAAGAGCAUUUUAAAAGUGGGUUGGGGAUUCUAAGCAUUUGAACACAAUUACAGUUACUAGGGAAGGGAAAGGUAGGUUUUGGUAAGGUUUUUAGACCUAGUAUUAGUAACACCUACCUACAUAAACAAGCCUACAAAAUUUAUAUGAAAAUUUGGCUGGAAUUAUGCCAGAACUUGGAACAUUUUGUGGUUUAGACUACAACUACCAGAAUUUCCCAAAUUAUUGGCCAUAACCAGUAUGCGUGUCAAUGGAAGUAGCAGUCCAAAAAACUAACUGUUCUAAGUUCUGAGUCAUGUGCCAGAUCCCAUCUGUUUUCAGAGGACAUUAUAACAAAUGUAAAUUCCCUAACAUGAUUGGAUAAUGUGUGUAUAACCAAGUAACUGCCACAGAAGAACAGCAGGUGUGCAAGGUGAGUUACUUGACAGCCCAUUGGUAUACUGUAUCCAUGUUGCACAGACCCAAAACAGGUGGAGAUGCUUGAGCAGGGCUUGAUCUUCUCUCUCACUUUUGUACCCUCCUCUCUAGAAGGGACUGAUAGGCUAUAUAACCCUCCAGAUGUUGUUUGACUCCCUACUCCUGCCAACCUGACCCUCCAAGAUUAAUGACGGAAGAGAACCUCUAGGCUCUAGUAACAUUUUACUAACAUCUGAGGGGCCUUAGAUUGUUCCACGUCCUGUAUCCCUGUGUGUCACCUCGGAAGCUAAUUGCCAGUGGUUUCAAAGUCAGCUUCUGAAUUUCUGUCAUAAUAAACUGAGCUAAUAUUACUUUCUCUUUAUUGGAGCCAUAUACAAAGUUCUUAUGUCCUGGGUAGUUGUCAAACAGCCCUUCAUGUUCAGCUGCAGAUGUUAAGAUACAAAGUAGAAAGUGCUAAGUAAAUUGUGCUAAAUUUUUAUCAGGACAUCUAACCAAAGAGGAACAAUAUAUAUUUAUGAAUAAUGUCUUUGGCAGAAAGUUGGAACCUCCACCAUCCCACAUUUUGCUAGUAGGGUUGUAUGACCAAAUCAAAGUUUAAAACUACAUCAUGGACAUUAAGGUAAGCUUGGACUGGAGAACAAAUUUUGGGGUACUAAAAUACAGAGCCAGAUGUGAGUUAAUCUACCAUACAACUAGGGAUUUAUUGACCUGAGUAGCAAAAUGAGAUGCCCAUCUAUUGACCCGGAACAGUGAUUCAGAAACGGUAAGUAAUGAUCAGGCUUCCUUGGGAAAGGUUGGCAAGGGCAUUUUUUUCUAGCAGCGUCUGCAAAACAGUUUUACUAAGAGCAGGGUCAACUGAUAGAUCUGUCAACUGGCUCUUCUAUGAAAGCAUUUCAUUCAUGCAUUCCUUAGGUGUUCAAUGAAUAUUUGGUCUACUAACAUUGAAUGUUUGGUAAUCACACCCAAGUUAUUUAAAUUAAAAUACAUUUAAAGAUGGGGGUCAGAAGUGUGAAUAUUUUUGUUUGGUUGAAUGCAUCGAAAGGAAUUUAUUUGAAAAUUCAAUGCAUUGGUAGUACAGAAAAGGUUGUGUAUUUUCUCUCAGAUCUUCUACAUAAUUCAGGCCAUGUCUGCUGUUUAUUUUGGUUUUAGGUGGCUAGACAAUGUCUGUUCCAUUAUGCUGACUUCUAUGGGUUAACUGUAGAGCUUAAAAGAGUUGUAUAUGUGCUUCUGAAUUAGGGAGAAAUGACAUGGCUCCAGCAAAAGUAAUGCUCUGGAUUAAUGUACCUCAGAAUGCAAUUAGCCUCUGGUCCUUGAAAACAACAUGCUGAUUUUACUACUGUGGUGUAUGGGAGAAAGAAAAGACACUCUCAUUAAGUGUUCCCCACUCUCUCUAUUCCAAAAAUGGUUUGUCAGAAGGUGAGGGAGGCUGUUCUAUUUAAAAUAUAUAUCUAAAUUAGGCAAAACCAUUUCCCUUUAUCUCCAGCAUUCUAAAGAUUCUACCAAUUGUAAUUUCUCGGGGACAGAAAUUUAACUAGGUGAUGGGACACACUAUUGAAGAAAUCAUAGACAGGGAGGGUGGGAUUAUGUUUUUAAAGAGACAAUCCCGCCAAGUGAGAUAGGGCAUGGAUAGCAUUUCAGUUUAUCCGAUUUCCUCUCAACACAGAAGACUGUUUACAUGUUUGCCCAUUUUUAUAAGAAGACAUCAUCAUAUUAUUGACUGAAUUCAGCUUUUGAGUUCUUUUGCUUGAGCCAAAAACCUCUGUAUGAAAAAUUACUAUUUGAAAAAUCUAUGCAUUAAUGGGCAAUUGUUAAUGUUUUCACAGUUCCUUUGAUAACUGUGAAGGAGUAAGGAAAUCUUACCUCUUGUUGUGGUUGAAUGCUUGCAAGUUUCAGCACUGGCUUUGAUUAGGUACCUGUUAUAACUUGCAUACUGCCAAAUGAUGGUUGACUAUUUUAUAUUUGAUGAUCUUCUCUCUUGUUCCCUCCUGUUUUUAUAUAAAGUAUGUGUAAAUAUGUGUGUGUGUGCGCGCGCACAGGAGUCACUUCAAUACAAGGCAUAUGUGUUCACAAUUGAAAAUGAGCUGCAGCAGCCCACAGGCAUACAAACCUUGAUCCAGAGCCCUGUACGUACUCAAAUGUCUCAUCUUUUUGCAUAGAUUAAGGUUCUCAUUCAAUUCAAAAGAAGGUGCCAAGCCAUAUGUGUGAAGGACUGUAAUACAGAUCAGCCUUCCCUUCUAAAAUGAAGUGGAAAUGCCAUCUGUGUAGGGAAAAUUAUAUUGAUGGUCUCACAUAGAGAUUGCUGGAGUCAGGCACCUGGAUUUUCCAGAAUAGGCAAGCAGCAAACACAUUCCCAUUAUUUUUGCCAUCUUUUGAAAUAUAUAUAUAUUCCAUUCAGAGAAUGAAUGGAUAUAGCUGAACCAAAUACUGUAUACUGAAAUAAUGCAACAGAUUUUAACCAGUGCCCAAGAGCUGUGUUUCUAUCCCUUCAAUCUAUACGUUUGGCUGCUCGGCAAUUUUACUUACAGCUAAGAUAUGGCAGGGUAUAGAUAAGCAAGAUAUUUUAUACGGAUAUAUUUUGUUGGGUCCCAUUUGUAAACUUGCCAUUUGUGCUACCCAGAGUCUAUGCAACCGUUUGCUGUUUAAUAAACUAACCCCUUCACCUUUCUACCAUAUGAAAAAGAAAUCACAAUGUUUGCCUUCUUUAUUCUCAGAGUGAAAGUAACUCUGCAGGGUGCAACUGUAAGGCAAUCAUGGUGAAGGGUUUUUAGGAGAACAAAGCUCUUGUGUGCAACAGGUAUUAGGUGCAGAAUUUGUCAGUACCAGUUGUGAUUGUGUGAGUGAGUCUGUGUGUCAACAUAUUGCUGCAUAUGAGUGCGUGCUUGUUAAUAGGUUGAAGGCAAGUGAGGUCACCUUUGUCCCUGCUUUCAUGUAACUGCACUUUAAUGUAAUAUGUCGAUGUCAAUGUAAUUUGGAUUUAUGCUUUUUUAGUGAACUGUUGCAAAUAUAGUGAAUAAAGUUAUUUAUUCUGUUGUCAA